GGUGAGCGGAUGAGAAGCAGAGAACAAAAAAAACUGCCCCCCCCCCCCAGUUUAAAUAGACAUUCAGUCUCACUGGCUGAAGGAACCAUGUCAACUCUGGUAUUGCUCUUCUUAGUCUAUAUCUGUGCAUCAGGAGCAAGAAACAAACCUUUUGUGACCUUCACGCCAAACUGGAAUAAGAUAUUCCAACAUGAAGCAAUCACUAUCAAGUGUAACAUGGAAUCAACAGAGACAAUGAAUGAAAAAUACAAGUGGUACAAAAACGAUGUUCAACAAAGUCCAAGACAUCAGAGCAUUUACAUUGGUUCCGCCCUCCUUCAAAACAGUGGAAGAUACCGGUGCCAGAUCGAUGACAGCGAACGUAGUGACCCGGUCAGUCUAAUUGUCAAGAAUGAAGGGGUCAUCAUGCAAGCUCCUAACUCUGUUUUUGAAGGAGAAUCCUUACAUCUUAGAUGUCACAGUGCCCCUGGAUAUAACCAUGAGAAUCAAAAUAUAACAUUCUCCAAGAAUGGAAAGAUCUUACCGACAUCAGACCAAAAUUCGAAUUUCUAUGUUGGUAGAGUGACCGCGGAUAUGACCGGCCGAUAUCGCUGUGAAAAGAAAUUGGGCUUUACUUCCGAUCAAAUACAGUCUGAUGAAACAUUUAUUGAUGUCAAAAAGGUGUUCUAUUCUCCUGAAAUAAAAAUGCCACCAUAUCCAACGGUAGAAGGCGAUCACGUGACCCUAACAUGCGACACGAGCCUCAGUCCUCUUAAACAGAUGAUAGAACUGAAGUUUGCUUUCUACAGAGAUGGACAGAACAUUCAGAAAUUCAGUUCAUCCGACCAAUAUGGAGUCCAAUCCGCUCAGCUGGAGGAUUCUGGGAAUUAUUCCUGUGAAGUGAAAACUUCUGAUGACAGUAUAACAAAGUCCAGUAAAGGAAUAGAUCUCCUUAUUCAGAGCCUUUUUUUCAUGCCAAAAGUAAACACCACUUCCUAUCCAAUCACAGAAGAUGACAACAUGACCCUGAUAUGUCAUACAAGUCUUAGUCCACUAAGAGACAAAACAGAACUUCAGUUUUCAUUCUACAGAAAUGACCAAAUUGUUCAAAACUUCAGCAAAUCUUAUCAAUAUGGAGUCCGGUUUGCUCAGUUGGAGGAUUCUGGGAAUUAUUUUUGUGAAGUGAAAGCUCCAACCAGCAAUGUAAAAAAGAGGAGUGAUGUGUCAACAGUAGCUGUACAAAGAAGAAUAGAAAAACAAGAUGGUUAUAAGCUGCAAAAUGUUAUCCGACUGGUACUAUCUGGGCUCAUAAUAAUUGCACUUGCCGUGAUCCUGUCCCAUUAUGUCAAGACGAGCUAAACCUAUUUUACAGAAAGGAGACAUUAUAGAUUUGUUGGAUAAUUGGAACUUCUGAUAUCUAAUCAGCUUAUACAAUACCAUUGGAAUAAAGCAUUUUAUCAA